AACCUACCAUUUGUGUCAAAAUAAAUACAAUACUCUCACCAACCACAUAUUAAAUAGUGUGAGUGAGUGACUUAAGGUAGGAGCACAACGAAAGAAGCCAUAAGAAGGGAUUCUAGAUCUAAGCUCUCCCACUUUCUUUUCUGCAUAAUUCACUCCUUCGUUUAUAAAGAUUUCAGGCGGUAGAAACUUUUAAGACCAAUGGCUUCUGAUUAUUUUGACAAGACUCAACCAUUUGCAAUUAUAUCAACUAUGAUUUCUUUGAUUAAAAUAUAAGGUUCAGAAUUCUCAAGAAAAUGCUAUCAGUCGGAUGAUAAAUUUUAAUAUUUCAGAUGAUGUGGUGCAAACCAUUUUAAUUCUUGCCAAAGGCCACGGCCUGUUUAAAGAUAGUAAUCCCUUUACAAUUAUGGAAUCAGAGAUUGUGUCACAUAGGUUACGUACUGACCAUUCAGUACUGCUGUCUGCAAUAAAGGUCUCGAUGGUGUUAAACAGUAUUCUUGAUGACUUUAAAGCUUAUUGUGCAAUAAUGAGAAAGAGGAUGAAGGGUGUGUUAUUCAACUAUGACACUGGUUCCGCUGAGGGAUUUGGUUGUACUAUGGAGGCCGAGCUUGCCCUGAAGUAUAAGUACAGAAAUGUUACUAGAAAUUUCAAGUUGUUGAAAAGUUUCUUUUAUAAAAUAUAUAAUAAGCAGGUUUCUUCUAGAAGUAUUGGCAAAAGGAAAUCAACAAAUCAGUCAUCUGGAAGAAGCAAAAUCUCCAAAAGCACAAGCUCAGUGAAUAAACAAUAUACGCCGAAUAUGAUUAAAUUGAAAGAAAGAAUGGAAAAGGAAGUUAAGUGGUUAACUGAAGAGUUUAUCCACAAAUUUUUAGUUGAAGAGUUUCAAGACCCGAACAAAUGUAAACUAUUUUUGAGCUAUGAUAAAGAUAAAUUUCAAAAUGGUAUUAAGUUGCUUAUUUAGUAAAAUUUGUAAACUUUUGUGUUGAGAAGCCAACUUAUGUACUGUACUUAUAAUUAGUUAAUUAGUUUAUGUAAUUUAUGUGAAGGUGGACCAAUCGGUAGCACUCUUCAAAACAUGCACGUGUAAUAAUAGUAACAA